AUGGAACCCCUAAGGCUAACAGAAUCAAUGUCUAAGGAAGAGGUUCGUAAAUCAAGCACUACUCCAGAAAUGCCUAUAUUUCAAUCGAGGGAGGGAGAUCGAAAAAGAACUAACGGAGAGACGGAGAAGAGGAGGAGGUUUGGCAGUGGAAUGAGUGAUGAAUUGAGCGGUGACAUCGCCAAAUCCCCAAAGGAAACCAGAGCUGAUGACCUGCGUUUUCACUGGAUGAACCGUCAGGCAUCGCUGGUACCAUCUCCAAAGCUUUAUCAUUAUUAUUCGAUUUCAUAUUUUGGCCGGAGAACCGCCCGCGGGAGAUGGCGAUUUUUGGUGGUCGACAGAAACAACCUCUCCUCUCUCCAAUCAAGUUUGAACACGUGCCCUCAAGAUACACUCUCUCCUUCUCUUAACUAA